UUGUUUAGGAAAAAAGGUUGUGUAAGGUAGGUAGGUAUUAGGGUUUGUUCUAUAUUUUUGUGAUCUUUUAGGGUUUUAAUGGAAGAAAGAAAUGAUAAAGAGAAAAAUAUGGAUGAAGUGAUGCUUCCAGGGUUUAGGUUUCAUCCAACUGAUGAAGAGUUAGUAGGGUUUUAUCUAAGGAGGAAAGUUCAACAAAAACCAAUAUCCAUUGAACUUAUCAAGCAACUUGAUAUUUAUAAAUAUGAUCCAUGGGAUCUACCAAAGUUGGCAGCAGUGGGAGAAAAAGAAUGGUAUUUUUAUUGUCCAAGGGAUAGAAAAUACAGAAAUAGUGCAAGGCCAAAUAGAGUAACUGGAGCUGGUUUUUGGAAAGCAACAGGUACUGAUAGACCAAUUUAUUCAUCUGAAGGAUCAAAAUGUAUUGGCUUGAAAAAAUCACUUGUUUUCUACAAAGGAAGAGCUGCAAAAGGGAUUAAAACUGAUUGGAUGAUGCAUGAGUUUAGAUUGCCUUCUAUUACUGACUCCACUGCACCAAAGAGAUUCUUGGACAAACAUAUACCUCCUAAUGACUCAUGGGCAAUAUGCAGGAUUUUCAAGAAAGCAAACUCCAAUGCACAUAGAGCUCUUUCUCAUUCUUGGGUAUCACCACCGCAAGUACUACCUCAAAAUAACACUACAUCUCAUGAUUUUCUAACAAGUAGCCAUUUUACUAAUAAUUCAAAUGAAAUGUCAUCAUUUAUACACAAAACUAGUACUUCACCUAUCCAAUUUAAUGACUUAUUACAAAACUCAUCCAACAAUAAUAUGUCUAGUAGCUUCACCACAUUAGAUCUUCCUCUUUACAAAACCCUCAACUCAAUGUCAAACCACAAUAAUGACCCUAUCACAAGUUACACAUUUUCUUCAUCAUGUGUUGACAAUAUGAACAAUAUUGAUGCUUCUUCUUUGCUUCUAAACAUGUCAUCUUCUAUAUUUGGAGAUUAUUCUAUCGCGUUACCGGAGAAUAUGGAAGGUGGUGGUGUUCAUGAUGAUACAACUACAACAACAUUGAAGGAAGCUAAUAAUGUUAUAAUCAACAACAUGGAACAUAUGGAGGAAUUACAAUGGGGAAAUGUUGUUAGGUCUAAUAAUAUUGGAGUAAUUCCAUUGAUGAAUAAUUUUCCAUUGAAUAUGGCUGCUGAUGCAUGGAAGACAAAUUUGCUUUGGGAUUCUUCUUCACCUUGUCCUAGUAGUGAAAUGUCUACAAGUUAUUCUACUAACAAAUGUUACACUUGAAAGUAACAUAUGAGCUACUACUAAUUUUUAGUCAUGUUGUGUUUUUUUGUUUCAACAAGUUA